AUGCACGAUGUCAACAGACUCAGGGGUCUCACUGUUCCAUCGCCCAUGACAGACGAGGAGGCCGCCCACGGGGCACAGAUGGACGCCGACAUGAGCAACGAUGACGAUCGCAGUCGGGACGAAGUACGAGCUACCAACGAUCCUGCAACUCCCUAUGAGCGUGACAGAUCUGACGACGACACGCCCGCGUACGAUCCCGUCGAGGCAACUAGUGCGCCCGAGUACACCACGCAGCCAUCCUUUGAAGAGUGGAUGAAGCUGCCGUUCAGUAUGGACGGCAGAGCUAGGUCUCCCGGUUUUGAGCCAUGGGCCUUGACCACCUACGUAGAGACGACAACCCAAUUCAAGACUUUCCUUGCUGGCAUAUGA